AUGGUGCUACUCCACUGGUGUCUGCUGUGGCUGCUCUUACCACUCAGCUCAAGGACCCAGAAGUUACCCACUCGAGACGAGGAGCUUUUUCAGAUGCAGAUCCGAGACAAGGCAUUUUUCCACGAUUCCUCAGUAAUUCCAGAUGGAGCUGAAAUUAGCAGUUAUCUCUUCAGAGACACACCUAAGAGGUAUUUCUUUGUGGUUGAAGAAGACAAUACUCCAUUGUCUGUCACAGUCACUCCCUGCGAUGCACCUUUGGAGUGGAAGCUGACCCUGCAGGAGCUGCCAGAGGAGAGUGGGGAAGGCUCAGGAGACCCAGAGCCUCUGGAGCAGCAGACGCAGCAGAUCAUAAACGAGGAGGGCACAGAGCUGUUUUCCUACAAGGGCAAUGACGUGGAGUAUUUCCUGUCUUCCAGUUCCCCGUCUGGUUUGUAUCAGCUGGAGCUGCUCUCCACGGAGAAAGACACUCACUUCAAAGUCUAUGCCACCACCACCCCGGAGUCAGAUCAGCCCUACCCCGAACUGCCUUAUGACCCCAGAGUUGAUGUCACCUCCCUGGGACGCACGACCGUCACGCUGGCCUGGAAACCGAGCCCCACGGCGUCGCUGCUGCGACAGCCCAUCCAGUACUGUGUGGUCAUCAGCAAGGAGCACAACUUCAAGAGCCUGUGUGCUGUGGAAGCCAAACUGAGCGCCGACGACGCUUUCAUGCAGGCGCCCAAGCCGGGUCUGGACUUCAGCCCCUUCGACUUCGCCCACUUUGGCUUUGCCCCAGACAACUUGGGGAAGGACCGUGGCUUCCUCGCCAAGCCGGCCCCCAAACUGGGGCGGCAUGUGUACGCCCGGCCCAAGGUGGACAUUCAGAAGAUCUGCAUCGGAAACAAGAACAUCUUCACCGUGUCGGACCUGAAACCCGACACGCAGUACUACUUGGACGUCUUCGUGGUCAACCGCCACAGCAACACAAGCACUGCGUACGUGGGCACGUUUGCCAGGACCAAAGAGGAGGCCAAACAGAAGACAGUGGAGCUCAAGGACGGGAAGGUCACAGAUGUGUUUGUCAAGAGGAAGGGAGCGAAGUUUCUACGGUUUGCGCCGGUCUCUUCUCAUCAGAAAGUCACCUUCUUCGUCCACUCCUGUCUGGACGCUGUCCAGAUCCAAGUGAGAAGAGAUGGGCGGCUCCUCCUGACUCAGACCGUGGAAGGCAUUCGGCAGUUUCAGCUCCGAGGAAAGCCCAAAGCAAAGUAUCUCAUCCGCCUGAAGGGGAACAAGAAAGGCGCCUCCAUGUUGAAAAUCCUGGCCACCACGAGGCCCACCAAGCAGGCUUUCCCCUCGCUCCCCGAAGACACCAGAAUCAAGGCCUUCGACAAGCUCCGCACCUGCUCAUCGGCCACCGUGGCUUGGCUGGGCACUCAGGAAAGGAACCAGUUCUGCAUCUACAAAAAGGAAGUGGACGAGAACUACAGCGAAGAGCAGAAGAAGAGAGAGCAAAACCAGUGUCUCGGACCCGACACCAGGAAGAAAUCGGAAAAGGUGCUCUGUAAAUAUUUCCACAGUCAAAACCUGCAAAAGGCAGUGACCACGGAAACCAUCAGAGGUCUCCAGCCUGGAAAGUCGUACCUGCUGGAUGUUUACGUCAUUGGACACGGGGGCCACUCCGUGAAGUAUCAGAGUAAAGUCGUGAAAACCCGCAAAUUCUGUUAG